GGACGUACAUACCAAAUAAGGACCAGUCCCCCUUAAGUAGAUGGGCAUAUGUGCCUUUUGUGAGGAAGUGAGGCUUGAAGUUGAAAGCGAGACGGCGACGGCGGACGUCUCGACGCGUUGCUGCUCGCUUGCACUUGUUUUGGCUCCCCUCAGAAACGGCCACACAUCACCGAGUGAUCGUCCCGAAGACCGUCCCAGGACCAACGUAUAAUGCGUUCCUCAUCCUCACUAUUCUCGUUAGCGUUGUGCCUGGCACUGUGUUCCUCAUAUGUCCAGGCUCUGUACUUUUACCUAGAGGGCUCCAAGGAACGAUGUUUUUAUGAGGAGCUGCCAGCCGAGACGACUGUUGUCGGCAACUACAAGUCCGAAGAAGCGAACCCCACAAACGGCCAAUUCGUCGUCAACCCCGAACGCGGGAUCCAAAUCAACGUAGAGCAAACGGAUAGACGCCACAAUGUCAUCAACGUCCGCGGAGACCAUGCAGGGAAAUUCGUGUUUUCGAGUGCUGAUGCGGGAGAGUAUUCGAUAUGCUUACACGCCGUCUCAUCCGGAUGGUUUUCCUCCGCCUCCCGAACGAGAUUGCACAUCGACCUGAUGUUCGGUGAAGCCACGCACGAAGACCAGCCAGAGCUCAAAAAGGAGUCGCUAAGCGACCUAGCCCUCCGCCUCCGCGACCUUAACCAAAAAGUCGCCAACGUGCGCCGCGAGCAGCAGUACCAGAAGGAGCGGGAAGCCGAGUUCCGCAACACCAGCGAAGCUGCCAACUCGCAUGUCCGGACCUGGACAAUCGCGCAGGUCGUUGUCAUGGGAAUCACAUGUGCGUGGCAGAUUCAGCAUUUGAGGAGGUUCUUUGUGGCUAAGAAGCUGGUAUGAAAGCGACGGCGUCCACCUCACCAUGCCUCAUCCGACAAGCCCAGGGACUCCUACGUUUGCACAACUUUUGUUGGGGGAUCGCCGAUAUGGGACAUCGCUUCAUUCUGACCACUCAAUCCAUCCUACGUAUCGACCACACUUUGGAAGGACCGGAAAGAUAAUAUAUUCUCCAAUCCAUGAAAAUGAAAGGACAAAGACGGAAGAAAAGAAAGGAGUGAAG